AUGUACACUCAAACUUUGCCUAUACAGUAUGGUAGUCAGAGCCGUUUGAACAAAGCUCUGGCGCAAAUUGUUGGAGACGGCAACUUUGCAAUCCAUGGGUAUGUUGAUAACCAAUGGUACUUCCAGACCUCGAGGUUAUUGAGUUCCGCCGAAAUCGCAGCGGUGAAAGUCAAGAUGAAAGGUCAUGCAAGUAGGAGGAGAUGA